UGCUCACAUGUACCUCUGAUCCCAGCCUAGCAGACAACACUCUCCUCUCUCACCAGCAACUUAGACACAAUGAUGGAAUUAAGGACUUUAAUUAUCACAUCUGUUAUGCUCCCAUGGAUACUGUCUUCUGCAGCAAAGGUUGAAUACAUGGAGGUCAGAAAACCUAAGAAAGACGUUGUACACUUUCCAGACUACACCCUUCCAGAGUCGGACACUGACCCAGCAUCUCUGAGAGCUGAAGAGAUGCCGACAUGUUUGCUGUGUGUUUGCCUGAGUGGAUCUGUUUACUGCGAGGAGGUGUUCCCUGAACUGUCAACUGUCCCAGCACUGCCAAAGGAGACAGCAUAUCUCUAUGCACGUUUCAACAAAAUCACAAAAAUCAGAAACCAAGACUUUGCAGACAUGGCCACAUUAAGAAGAAUUGACCUCAGUGUGAAUCUCAUUGCCGAGAUAGACGAUGGAGCGUUUUCAAAACUUCCCAAUCUUGAGGAGCUCAAUCUUGCAGAAAACAAGCUGACCAAACUUCCCAUGCUGCCCACCAAGCUGGUAUCAUUUAAUGCCAAUUUCAACCAGCUGAAAACCCAGGGUGUGAAAGCAACUGCUUUUAAAAAACUAACAAAGCUGGCAUAUCUUUACCUGGGAAACAAUGAACUGACAGCCGUGCCGCAACUUCCAGAGUCUCUUCACAUCGUGCACCUGCAUAACAACAAGAUCAAAACAAUAACAGAUGAGACGUUCUGCAAAGGUAACACUAGUUACUACAUCCGGACCAACAUGCACGAGGUGAGACUGGACGGGAACCCCAUCAUCCUGUCGGCACAUCCUAACAGCUUCAUCUGUCUGGAGUCUCUCCCCAUCGGAUGGUACAACUAAAAAGGUCUGUGUAAAAUGAAGGAUGUAGAUGAACCAAUAGUAAAAAUGCCAUUUGCAAAAUGCGGUUCUUAAAUUACAUUUAAUAUACUCAAAUCUACUGUACAGUUCAAGACCUCUUAACAGUUUUAUGAUUAGACGGAAAAUGUAUAAUAACAGAACAGCUACUUGCCAGUAAUAAAAACAUCUGUGUACCAUAAAUAUAAAGACAAUUUCUGUAUUUUUACUUUUGUUACUAUUUAGUUGAGACUUUUGUGUCUUGCAGGUGCUAUUCAAUGUUUUUAACACAACACAUCGACAUAGGCUCGUUGUCAUGUCAAUAUAAGACCAUUGAUAAGAUUUUUUCAUUCAUUAUUUCUGUUUUUUUAACCUGUAACAAUAAAACUUGCAUGUUUUCCAUCA